AUGCUACGUGGAUUUUCGCUGAAUUCUUAUGGAAAUGUUUAUGGACUUGGCCAUGAAAAUCUGAAGAUAAUUAGUGAAUUAAAACAAGUACCUAGACUGACUUGUGCUAAUUUUACCACCUUCGGGAAACAUAUAAAAGAAGAAUUUCAGUUAUUCAAAACUCAGUUACAAAGUGAAUCUUCAGCAUUAAGUUUAAACAGUGCUACAGAGGUUCAGGCUAUUGCACUGAUGAUUGUGGCGUUGUCCUCAAACUCGAGUGGAAUACAGAAUGCGGACAAGGACUAG